GACUGCUCGACAGACCGGCUGAUCGGGUACGGACUGUAUCUACUAACAAAUGUUUUUGUAACUAAAAACCUGAAAAUACAACUUUUUACCAAUCAUCUUCUUCCAGUGACCUCUAACUAAAUAAAUACAUAAAUAACAACAAUAACUAAUCAAUAAAAGCCGUCGCAGGACGUAAAGUUAAUCGUAAUAAAGUUCACCGAGUAAAUGCCGGAGCAUUGAGAGGACACCAUCAUUGAUCAGCCGAGGGUGGUUUUUGGUUCGGUAUUAAUAUCCGAAAUCGUAUUACAUAUAUUGCUAAUUUUAAUUACUCUAUAAAGCACACAGCUAAUAGUAUCAUGUAGUUUAGAUAAAUAAUGGCGCCGAAUCUUUUUGGCAAUUCGGCGACCCUUUUUUUGGAGGCAUCACAAAAUGUUGCUCAGGAUAAAAAAAUAGAUGUAGAUAUUAAAAACAAUAAACCAGUUAAAGUAGCAACCAAACAACCAAAAGCAAGUGAUAAAAGUAGUAAUAGCGUUAAUAAAGAUUACAAAUGGAAAAUUGUAUGGAGAAACGUUAUCGCAUUCGUUUAUUUACACGUUGGAGCUCUGUAUGGCUUGUAUUAUUUAGUUACCAGUGCUAAGCUUGCAACAUUUGCCUGGAUGUUGGGGCUUGGAUUUUUCGCCGGAGUUGGAAUCACAGCAGGUGCUCACAGAUUAUGGGCACACAAAGCGUAUAAAGCUAAAUGGCCCAUGAGAGUUCUUCUCAUGAUUCUGCAAACUGUCGCCUUUCAAAAUCACAUCUAUGAAUGGGUAAGAGAUCACCGUGUGCAUCACAAAUUCACCGACACAGAUGCUGAUCCACACAACGCCAAGCGCGGAUUCUUCUUUUCACACAUGGGCUGGCUUUUGAUUCGUAAGCAUCCAGAUGUUAUUAACAAGGGAAAAACAGUUGAUAUGACAGAUCUGGAACAAGAUUUCGUUGUUGUUUGGCAAAGAAGACUCUACCUGAUUCUGAUGCCAAUCUUCUGUUUUUUGAUUCCGACUUGGAUUCCAAUUUACUGUUGGAACGAAGUACCCUUGUAUGCUUGGUACGCAACUAUAUUCAGGUACACAUUGUCACUUAAUCUCACAUGGUUGGUCAACUCCGCUGCUCACAUCUGGGGAAUGAAGCCUUAUGACAGCUCAAUUAGUCCUACGGACAAUUUCAAGAUUGCUCUUGGAACCUUCGGAGAAGCUUGGCAUAACUAUCACCACGUUUUCCCAUGGGAUUACAAAGCGGCUGAACUCGGAGAUUACAGCGGCAAUUUCACGACUGCAUUUAUAGACUUUUUUGCUUACAUCGGCCAGGCUUAUGACCUCAAAACCGUCCCGAAAGAAAUGAUUGAAAAGCGUGCUGCUCGUACUGGCGAUGGUUCAAGGGUCGCUCAAAAUCACAGUGAACAUUCCCACGAAGGAGCCAUUUGGGGAUGGGGUGACGCCGAUAUGUCGGCUGAAGACAUGAAUCUAGCUCAGAUUAUUAAAAAGAGUGAUUAAUUGACUUAAGAUAAUUAUCACUUUUAUACUAAUAAGUAAUAAGUAAUAAGUAAUAAGUAAAUAAAUUAUUCAUUAGAAAUUUUUAUCAAAACUACUUUUCGGCACAAAGUAGAAAAUUUUAUUCAGGUAAAUAUUUUUAAGCUGUGAAGAAAUAAUUAUUAUUACUACUAUAGUAACACCAAGUACUUAAAGUCUGCGAUAUAUAUAUCGCGUGCCUAAUGCCGAAAGGGCGUAUUACAGCAGUUAGAUAGGGUUUUAUGCCAAAAGGGCGUAUAAAAAAAUUUUUUUUUGCCAUUCUUUCUAGAAUCGCUCGAAAUGUAAAGAUCUGCAGAAAAAAAAUUUUUGACGUACUAACGCCAAAAGGGCGUAU